UGCGUCCAACUACGAUCGUAGCUCGUAACGUCGCGUGUUUUAUGCAUACAAUUGUAUAAAAGUUUCUUGUAUACGAUAACGAGGCCAUUUUAAACGCGCUUACUUCCCUUGUACUCGGGAUUCAUUUGCACGCGAGUGCCCGCAACGUUCGUAAAGAAAUUGUAACGGUUUUUUUUUUCCCCUUUAUAAAAGGAAGAUGUUUUCGCGAGUGAUCGGUGACGAUCUUAUUUAACGUCUCAAAGACAACUUGAACUCAAUUUAUUCAGCUGGAUAUUAACGUACCUCUCGGAUUCAUUCCUUCGGCAGAGAGAGCUGCUUUGCUUUGGCUGCUGUCGGACAGUCAGUGCUUGUGAGAGUGCUGCACGCCUCAAGGCAAAUACCUACCUGGUUCGAAGCGAACGCACGAUUGGGCCUUAUGCUUCUGAAACUUGUAUACUGGAUCAUAUGCUUAUAUUGAUCGAGACGUAUGUGAGCAGAGUACAAGUAUAAGCAUUGCUACUGAGACUCGGAGUCCGUACAUUGCUCGGAUGCCAAUGUAUCCUGGGCGUAUUCUCAGCGCCACGUAUUCGCGACUAACGUUAACGUAAUCGGCACGAACGCUGAUAUUGCAAACCUGCUCUUUUACGACGUUUUCUUUCUUCUUUUUUUUAAAUUUGACUCUUUCGAAAGCAUCCUUGACAGUGUCAUCGGUGCAGUACGUAUUUACGUACACGCGGUACACGUUACACGAGUUCGCUUGUCAAACGGCAUAUAUUCCUGUAUAUAUCCAGAUAGAUGUACGUUCCAAAUUGGAAUAAAUCGAUCGGUCGUUAUUAUCGAGCGUAUAACGUUACGGAUGAAAUGAUCUAAAUCAGACUGUACGGAACAGUGUGCCAGUGAAAAUUCGAUUUAAAAGUGAUUAAUAGAAUCGUACAUUGAGAAAAGAUUGUAAAUGUUGAAAAUCUCGUUGACGAAUUUGUGAUGCAUUCCGUGUGACUCAUAGGAGAAACAAACUAGUAGCAUUGACGGGGCAGUGAUAAUAGAAGAAUUCGAAGAGAAGAGUGCUUAACGCGGUACCAGUGAUAAUGAUAAGAAGAAGAGUUCAGGGGAUAAAAUGAUCCCGGUGGCAAUGACAACUGCAAGAGAGUGAAAAUAAUUGUGCGAGGCAAUUGAAAUUGAUACGCGGUGUCAAUGAUGACGAUGUUUGGCACCCUGGUCCAGAGGCUGACCUCGCCAGUGACCUCGCCGACGACGCCAAGGAGACGCUUUAAAUCGCCGUCCAGAUGGGAAGUGCAGAGUGAUCCUGAAGAUGAAGCCCCGCCAGUCCGGAAGUCCCGUGCCAAGCAUCUCCUGGACAAGCGCAAGAGCAAGAGUCGUGCCAGAGGUCUUAACGUCGGUGAACCCCAAUCGUGUGCUACAACCACUUCCGGUUGGCAGGACGUUGUGUUUCCGCCGCUACGCGGAACGAAGAGUCUGGGUAGACUGGAUGGGAUGAAAGAGGUCCAAAGGCUCGCCGAGUACGAAAGGUACCUGGGACAGGAAGCGAGGAACGUGGUGGAAAACGGAAGCGGCGCUAUCGGCAGUGGCGCCGUAUUGCAGCGAGGUCAGCUCGAAGGCGAUUUACAUCGUAUACAGGAACUCUUUCCGGGUGACAAUCUGCGGCUACACGAGCGAGAUGUCCUCACUACGAAAAUGAAGAGUCUGAUACGCAAGAGGAGCGGCGGUAAUACCGGAAGGCUGACCAGAGUGCUGUCGCAGAAAUCGCUUAACGCCACCAGCAAUGCGCCAGCACCGAAAUUGCCACCUAGAACCUUCUUGCUGGAGACUCCGGUACAGUUUACCACGGGUAUGCAGUCUCAGGAGAGGCACCUAUUCCUCUUCUCGGAUCUGCUGCUGAUCGCAAAAGCUCGUAGCAGCGGCAACUUCAAGUUGAAGCAGUCGGUGAGGAUGAGCGAGCUUUGGCUGACGGCCGGUCACAUUGAGGACGUAGCUGAAACAAACAAGUCUCAGGAAACCAGCUUCGUCCUCGGCUGGCCAACGACGAACGUCGUCGCCACCUUUAUGACUGCCGCAGCGCGAGAUCUCUGGUGGGGUCGACUCACCGAACUCGUACGAGAGGAGAGUAUGAAGGAGCCGCCAGACACGAACAUUCAGGUCGUGUAUCACGACAACGACACCAAUACGGAAUACUGCAAGACUAUCGUGGUGGGACCGGAAAUGACCGCUGCCGCCUGCGUAAAUCUGGCUACAAGACUGUUGGAUCUUCAGGGUCCGUUUCAACUGUGGGCCAGGACGUCGUCCGAGGAAGCGCCUUAUCCUCUUAUUGGUCACGAGAGACCGUUCGCCAUAAAGCUCUCUAACCUGAGACACACUAUAUCUGCGGAGGAGGGUUUCGACCUGGAGCAUUGUAACAAGAGUGGCCAUGACAAUUGCCACUUUGUCCUCAGGCCAGUUCUCAAGUCUCCCGUCAAGAAGAACAAGUCCAAGAUCACUGGUUUACUCAGGAGAUCGUUAUCCCUCAAUCCCAGCGUCUUUGGCGUAAAUCUUUCGCGAUUGGAUGAGAAUGGAUUGCCAAAGCCUGUACUCGUUAUGCUGCAACAGCUAUUUGCCAAGGGGCCCUUCACUCAGGGUAUAUUCAGGAAAUCGGCUAAUGUCAGGAUCGUCCGGGAACUCAGGGAUCAGAUAGAAUCCACUGGUGAUCCUAGCUGUCUAGAGGAUGCACCGAUCAUUGCAGUGGCAGCACUGCUCAAGGACUUUCUAAGAUCAUUGCCAGAUCCUUUACUCACGUCCCAUCUGUUUCCACUCUGGAUGGCAAGUCUCGACGCAGCCAAUUCUGUACAAACGAUCAAGAAUAUCCUUGAUCGACUACCCAAGGCAAACUAUACUCUGCUAUCGCAUCUGAUAUGCGUGUUGCAUCACAUAGCCAGAAGGUCAAAGCACAAUUUAAUGUCCGCUACCAAUUUAGGGGUCUGCUGUGGUCCCAGCUUACUCUGGUCCCAAAAUCCAUGCGUUAAUCAAAGCCGAGCCAUACCUGCCUUGACGGAAAUGCUCAUUCGCCAUUGCGAGGCACUCUUCGGCGAAGGCGUCACUCAGCUUCUUGGCGAAGAGCGCAGCGACAGCGGUGCCGAGGAGAGUACAGACAGCCUACACUCAGGUGGACUUUCAUUGGACAGCCUCGAUCUGACGGAACCACCACGCAAGGAUCACAUGUCCUUGUCACGUGACUCAGGACUAACCUUAUCCGACGGUCAAUUAUUUAUCCCCGAAUCACCGGUCGGCUCGGAGGAUUCCGCCGUGAACGCAUCGUCCUCCAGCUUUGACAAGUCACUGGCAAAGGAGGAAAAGUCCAGCAGCAAAUCUUACGUCAGGGUCUACGGAGGGUGGGAGGAGAGGAUAAACUCGUAUACAGCGGGAAAUCAUCAGAAUGGCGUGGAGCACAGUUUCCGGGAGGAGAAGAGUUCUUCGGCGGGAUAUCCAAAUCCGAAUUUUCAACGUCAAGACUGGCUGAGGGCGCAGCUUAAGAGGACGCCAAGGACCAAACUGGAGGAACACGAACAUCGUAGCAAGGAUCGUUUUGACGAGAAGGAUCUGUAUGCCAGAGAGUACCUACGUCAGGAUUCUAUGAAAGAGAACGUAGAGAAUUGUAAAGACGUCUACGGCUCCCAGAUGGAUGUUUCCCGUGAGUUAAGAACCGAAUACGACAGAUCCUCGCAGCAGGAUAACUGUACGGAGCGUGUGUCCAUCCAUGAUUCUGAACAAGACUCCAGUGGGGAUUCUCCAAUGUCUAGCAAGCGAUAUGACUUUAAAAAAGAUCGUUUUGGAGAGUUCAAAAAAGUCAAGUCCGAAGUGUACGUUAGUCGUGACUCGCCCAUCUCUCAAAAUGGUAGCUACUCCGGCAGUGAUCUCUACGAGUUCAAGAAGGUCAAGAGCGAGAUCUACGUCAACAAGGACAUCCGUAGUGAACGCUAUGAAUAUGAAAAGUCGGAGAACAACAUCUAUGGGAAUCGAGAUACUACUGCUGACAUCUAUGAGUCACGUGAGAGAAAUGAUCUGUACUCCUUCAAACAGGCUGAGGCCAUAGACGUUUAUGGCGAUGAGGAUGAGGACGCUGAACGAACAUGGCCGGAUACACCACCUCCAUUACCACCAAGGCUAAAGCAUUUGCCACCUGUUCAUAUGAGUCUAGAAGAGCGACAUAAGGUCGCUGGUAGGUCCAGGUCACUUCCAUCGCCACCACCUUAUCGUCCACCGCCUCAACCUCGGGCACCGAUUACUACCAGACAUCUUGGAUAUCCCAGAUCGAUCGUUGACGAUGAGAGCUACGUCUGAAUGAACUUUCACCGGUUCACGGCGGACAUUUUUUUCAAAAUCAAAGAAGUCGAGUCACACCUAGAUAUGCGCCUGCGAUAUUUCACAGGGCAACAGAACCUCGUGAUCUCGUUGUGACUAAACCUAGUCGAAACAAAAAAAAAUGAAUAACUGUUUACGCUCUCGGAGAGCGUCGGAAUGCGAGAGUAUGAGAGAAUGAGAGAAGAGUGCGUCUCUUUUCUUCUAAUUUUUUGUAUUGUCUUUCUUUUUUCUCUUUGGACGAGUCGUCGUCACAAUUGGACGGGGGCGAUCUAAGUGCAUUUUAGAUUUUAAAGGAAAAAUGUCUGGGAGAUACGCGAAAACAAAAAAGAAUAGAAAGAAUUACGAGUACUUGAAAAUAAAGAUAUAUUUUCGAAAUAUAAGGAGCGCGACGCUGCGCGCGACUAUGUCAAAUUCGUAAUGAUUAAUAAUCACUCUCUGAGUGUUUUUAUUCAGUGAUCCAGGGUGCUUCCAGCCUUAAUUAAUAGGUCAUUAGGUAUUUCCCAUAAAGAGAGACAAUUAGAUUAAGGAUUAGACAUUCUAGAAAACACUGACAAGACUCAGAAUCGAAAAUGAUUAUAGUAAUUUCUGUUCGUUGCGAGUUCAUUGUUUUAAAUGAGAUAAAUAUUGUAUAAAACAUUUUGAAAGUCCCACUGGACGUUACCAUUCGCAAAAUGUAAUCAACGACAUAAAUGAAAAUCACGAUGGUUGCGAAUCUCAUAAAAACCAGUAUUUAAAAAAAAAGUUCACGCACAAUUUUUUAAAAAGUUUGCUUCAAACGGAUCUUGUACAAUGUAUAAUUCUUUCACGAAAAAGGAAAAAAAAGCGACUGUCUUAUACGUAAUGAAAAUUAUAAAGCGCUACCCUGCACACCUCGCCGCCAUCAUCAUCCACUCCUUUUUUUUGCAUUGUGUCAAUUAAAAAAAUUAAAUGAUCAGAUUAGCGAUCAGGUCUCUCGCGAGUAACGAACAUGACACUAAUUCUUACCUAAUAGGUAUAACAUAAUUUAUAGGCGUAACACAUUGAAUAGAUAGAAGAAGGAAAGAGAGAGAAGUUUCGUGCGCAAAAUAGGAGCUAAUCAUGUGCGAUUAUCCUAAGAAGUUAAGAUGGCGAACAGAUGAUGCCGCCCCCGAUGAGGCAGAUAAUUUUCCUUUUCAUUUCUCUUGUAAAUAUAAAAUAUACGUGUAAACUUUUAUAUCGCUGAGAACUUAAAAAAAUAUAAAAUACAUAUUACGCAAUGCCACUAAAAUAUGUACACUUAUCUAAAUUAUACGACAUACUAUCAAAGUUAAAAUAUAUUUCGUAUUUUAUACAGC